AUGUGUAUGGUCCACGAGGUAACUGGAGCCGGCGCUCUCUUCGACCUUAGUACAGGGCGGCGUAUUUCCCUGCCGCCCCACUGCGAGAGGUAUUUCAGUAGCUGUGGGAGUAUCAUUGGCAAUGGCGAUAUGGUCUGCUCUUAUGCGGCCAUGGGGGUUGACCCGGUUUCGGGGAGAUACAAGGUUUUCAAGUCGACGCUCUACUAUGAUAGCAAGCUGUUUUCGAAUCGGCAGUGGGUUUUUACUCUGGGAGUGGAUAAGUCAUGGAGGGAGAUAAGACCCCUCUUCACUGGAUACACCUAUGCUGCCGUCCACAUUCGUGGGAUUAUCUAUUUCAUACCUCAGAUUUCUGACCAAUCCCCAUAUAUAGUCGCGAUGGAUGUUGCGAGAGAGAGGGUUCUGAGGGUCAUACCGUUUCCACCUUGUUAUCAGUCAUGCCGCCCGCAGCGGAAUUAUGGGUGGGUGUCAUGGAUAAAGUUGAAUGGUCGGCUAGCGUUCAUUAUCAUGUUCAUUCCUAGACAAGAAGGAUGGCCCUCUUCAGAGUGCAAGAUAGAGAUAUGGACGUUUGAGGUGGAGUGGGAGAAGCAGACGGUCCUUGUUCCAUUGGAGGAGAGUGAGGCGUUUGAUCAAGCUAUUUCCAUAGGGUUUGCUUCUAAUAGUAUGGGGGAGAUUGUGUUCUUAUUGUUUCUAUGUGAGAGGAUGUCUCCUUUGAUUUUAGUUUAUUCAUUUAGAAGAGAUGUUUGGAGAAGAGUUGAGAUAGCUGGAGUUUCUAAGUAUCCAAAAACGGGACGUGUUGUCACUGCUGUGCAUAUAGAUGAUGAGAUUGCAGCAUCUUUUUUGGAAUGA